GACCCUAUAAAUCACCCCAAAUUCCCCACGCAACAGAUCUGAGCUCUAUUCUCCUUUCUUCCUUCCUCCACGCUAGCGAAUUCUACUUAUCUUGGUGUGAUUUUUUGGCUUGACAGAAAGCUACUGCUACAGCAGCAUUGUGUCGGGAAUUCCUCGCCGACACCGCUGGAGCAUUGACAGAUCAAUCGAGGUAUACAUAUUUUCGAUUGGAUUUAAAUUUCGUUGAUAAUGAAGGUGAUUGAGAAGAUCCAGAAGGCCGCCAAGGACGAAAACAAGGUUGUUUUCUCCUUCGAAUUCUUCCCACCCAAGACAGAAGAUGGCGUCGACAACCUGUUCGAAAGAAUGGAGAGGAUGGUCGUCCAUAACCCGAAUUUCUGUGAUAUCACGUGGGGUGCGGGCGGAUCCACGGCGGAUCUGACGCUGGAGAUCGCGAAUCGGAUGCAGAAUAUGGUCUGCGUCGAGACCAUGAUGCACUUGACGUGUACCAAUAUGCCUGUGGAGAAAAUUGAUCACGCUCUGGAUGCUAUAAAAUCCAACGGCCUCCAGAAUGUCCUUGCUUUGCGGGGAGAUCCCCCUCAUGGCCAGGAUAAGUUCGUCCAGGUGGAAGGUGGCUUUGCCUGCGCUCUCGACCUGGUGAAACAUAUUCGUGCCAAAUAUGGGGAUUAUUUUGGGAUCACUGUUGCUGGUUAUCCAGAGGCUCAUCCUGAUGUUAUACCUGCUAAUGGGAUUGCCCCGCUUGAGGCAUAUCAAAGCGACCUUGCCUAUCUGAAGAGAAAGGUUGAUGCCGGAGCUGAUCUUAUUAUAACUCAACUCUUCUAUGAUACUGAUAUUUUCCUCAAAUUUGUUAAUGACUGUCGCCAAAUUGGCAUAACUUGCCCUAUUGUUCCUGGGAUUAUGCCCAUCAAUAAUUACAGGGGCUUCCUUCGUAUGACCGGCUUUUGCAAGACUAAGAUUCCUCCUGAGAUUACUGCUGCCUUAGAGCCUAUCAAGGACAAUGAAGAAGCUGUGAGAAACUACGGGAUUCACCUUGGAACUGAAAUGUGCAAGAGGAUUUUGGCUAGUGGAAUCAAGACAUUGCAUGUUUAUACAUUAAACAUGGAGAAGUCUGCAUUGGCUAUAUUGAUGAAUCUUGGUCUGAUUGAGGAAUCAAAGAUUUCAAGGACAUUGCCUUGGAGACGUCCCACUAAUAUUUAUCGUGUUAAAGAAGAUGUUCGCCCUAUAUUUUGGGCCAAUCGUCCAAAGAGCUAUAUUUCAAGGACCAUAGGUUGGGAACAUUACCCACAUGGCCGAUGGGGUGAUUCUCGAAAUGCAUCAUAUGGAGCACUUUCAGACUAUCAAUUCAUGAGGCCUCGUGCACGUGGUAAGAGACUUUCAGAAGAAUGGGUUGUCCCUCUAAGAAGUUUACAGGAUAUUUAUGAGAAAUUUAAGCAAUUUUGUCUCGGGCAAUUAAGAAGCUGCCCAUGGUCCGAAUUAGAUGGCCUUCAGCCAGAGACAAGGAUCAUAAAUGAACCGCUGGGUGCUAUAAACUUAAAAGGUUUCCUAACAAUCAACAGCCAACCAGCAGUUAAUGGAGUAAAGUCUGACACUCCAUCUCUUGGAUGGGGUGGGCCAGGUGGAUAUGUUUAUCAGAAGGCCUACUUGGAAUUUUUCUGCUCCAAAGAAAAGUUGAACUCUCUUGUUGAGAGAUGCAAAGGAUACCCAUUCCUCACCUAUAUGGCUGUGGAUAAAGCGGGAAGUUGGAUUUCAAACACCAACCAAACUGAUGUGAAUGCUGUUACAUGGGGAGUCUUCCCUGCAAAGGAGAUUAUACAACCUACCGUUGUGGAUCCUUCCAGCUUUGUGGUGUGGAAGGAUGAGGCAUUUGAAAUUUGGUCAAGAGCAUGGGCUCAAUUAUACCCAGAGGCUGACCCGUCCAGAAAACUGCUUGAAGAGGUGCGAGACACGUACUUCUUGGUCAGCUUGGUUGAUAAUGAUUACAUCAGUGGUGAUUUAUUUGCAGUCUUCAACGAUCUUUGAAAUGAUUAGCAGUACUCGGGGAGUCAUCCUCCAUGAAGUCCCACUUUCUUCUCUUGAAAUUUCUUUUCUUGCUGUAGUAAGAUUAUUGCUUGUCAUCUAUAAUGUUUAGGCUAGCCUCUCAUUUUAUGCAACAAUAAUGACAAAAGCAGCAUUAUAAUACCUGAUAUUCUUUCGGAUUUUGGCCUUGCACCUCUUGGUAAUGGAAAUUCUCUUGGCAUUGCAAGCUGAUUCAUUGUUCA